AUGACCCCCACGGAAUUCGCAAACCUUAUUCCCAAUAUGUCUGAUGACUACAGCUAUGACGCCACCUCGUCCAUGGACGAGUACAUGGCCUUCAACUUCACCGACCUCUUCUGUAAGAAAAGCAACGUCAGGCAGUUCGCGAGCUAUUUCCUGCCGCCCUUGUACUGGCUGGUCUUUAUCGCGGGCACCGUGGGUAACAGUCUGGUCGUUCUUGUCUACUGGUACUGCACGAGGGUCAAGACCAUGACCGACAUGUUCCUUCUGAACCUGGCGAUUGCCGACCUGCUCUUUCUGGCCACGCUCCCCUUCUGGGCCAUCGCUGCCGCUGACCAGUGGCGAUUCCAGACCUUCCUGUGCAAAGUGGUCAACAGCAUGUACAAGAUGAACUUCUACAGCUGCGUGCUGCUCAUCACGUGCGUCAGCGUAGACAGGUACAUCGCCAUUGCGCAGGCCAUGCGAGCCCAGAUCUGGAGGCAGAAACGGCUUCUCUACAGCAAGCUGGUUUGCUUUGCGGUCUGGGUCAUGGCAGCUGCACUGUGCAUCCCAGAGCUCCUGUACAGCCAGAUCCGGAAGGAAUCGGGCAUCAGCAUGUGCACCAUGGUUUACCCCCGGGAUGAGAGCACCAAACUCAAGUCCCUUGUCUUGACCCUGAAGGUCAUCCUGGGGUUCUUCCUCCCCUUUGUGGUCAUGGCUUGCUGCUACACCAUUAUCAUCCGCACCCUGACCCAAGCCAAGAAGUCCUCCAAACACAAGGCCCUGAAGGUGACCAUCGCGGUCCUGACCGUCUUCGUCUUGUCUCAGUUCCCGUACAACUGCGUCCUGCUGCUGCAGACCAUCGACGCCUACGUCAUGUUCAUCUCCAGCUGUGCCUUUUCCAUCAACAUUGACAUCUGCUUCCAGGUCACUCAGACGGUUGCCUUCUUCCACAGUUGCCUCAAUCCCGUUCUCUACGUUUUUGUGGGCGAGAGGUUCCGCCGAGAUCUCGUGAAAACCCUGAAGAACCUGGGCUGCAUCAGCCACGCCCAGUGGGUUUCAUUCACAAGGAGAGAGGGGAGCUUGAAGCUGUCGUCGAUGUUGCUGGAGACAACCUCUGGAGCCCUCUCCCUCUGA